UACACGCUGACGCAGCUAUGUGUGCGAGCUCGCCUGCGUCAGUUCCCCUUCUCUCCCUUCUUGGGUGCGUAGGAAGCGUGCCCGCCUCUACCAUAUCCCUUCGUUCUUUUCUCGUUUCCGUCAAAAUCAGGGCAACCCUGCUGUCAAGAGAAUGAGUUAAAUCACAUGCCAUAUAUGCCAUCAAGUGCAAACUAUCUGUGGGAUAUCUACGGGCUCCUUUCUUUCUAGAUAAUAAAUCCGUACGAUCACAAAAUGGCGUGCACUCCGACCUUGUUCCCUUCUAGCCAAAAGCUUGUGAAUACCAACAGAAUGAACGGAAACCAAUAUCAGAUUGCCGGCAAGGAACUUGUUCCCUACAUAUCCGAGCUGGAACUGGUCUCGCCGCAGCUUCAACGGCUCCAGGAAGCUAUCUUUCGUCCCCCCUACCGACAGGGUAUGGAAACAAGCUAUGCGCCAGACCCAAGCUGCCUGUUCCGUUCGGAUGUAUUGGACGAUUGUAGUAAGGUUCGAUUUUACGCGAGAAUGCUUGAAAUCUAUUGGCUACAAGACGAACACGGAGACCAAAGCGGCCAAAUACGUUGCCCCCUAGCAGAUUGCUGGCAAUAUUUCGAGAGCUCUAAAGCUAUGCUGUUGCAUCUAAAACACUGUAAGAGAUUCGCCGAUGGGAAGUUCUGGUGCCCGACAUGCCACCGGUACGAAUCUUUCAGAGUCCGGACAGGCAGACGGUGUUCGUGGGAUAAAGACCAUCUUGGGCGAAAGCUAAAGAAUUUCUUCCAAGGUCUAGGGAACGGGCAGCCGGCAACCCAGCCAACAUCAAACUGUGCGUUUUGUACAAACUGCUCGGUUCGACUCCAAGGUGCAUCGAUUCCAAAUAGUAGUCUAGCGCCAGAUGGUCAACUUUAUCAUCGGGAUCAGUCCCGUCAGCCCGGAUUUACAUUGGAUGAACUGCCAACAGACAUACGGGGCACCUACGCCCCUGAGAUAUUGGCUUCUCCUUUAGAGUUAUCCGGCGCGUCAAGUUCUGAAAACAGUCCAUCACGAUACUGGUCAGGAUCCGAGCAUGGGCAUUUACACUUUGUACCAACUCCAUCAGAAAUUUCUAGUAUAUCAGAGGUGCGCGCAGAAAUGUCUGCGAUUUCAGAGACACCUCCAGCCCAAGAGUUGCCUACUCUGUUUGAAAUACCUGCAGGACCUACUAUCAGUGGAAUCCCAAUGUCCACUACUGUUUCCACGCCGCUUUGCACUUACGAACAAACGCCUACUAUCGUUCGUCGCUACCAUACUGUGAACAUACCGCCCCAAAAAGCCAACCAUCGUGUGACAGCUAUCGACGGCGAAACUGGUGCACAUAGCGGCCCUUUGAACCCGCGUUCCACUGGUACUUGGAGCAAUGUCGGGACUAGACUCUGGAACCAACCUCUAGUUUCUAUUGACAAUGUGCCAGAAGUGGCAGACACUGUCGCCUCCUCGUCUACCUUACCAUCUACAUUUGCGCAGCACACGGAUUCUCAUGUUAUGCCCAACUUGAGGAUUAAGAUAGCCCCGAACAGUGCCAAUAUAGUCGAGCCCAUCACUGAUUAUGAGACCUUCCUUCAAAACCAUGACCUCAACACUUCAUUAUCGACGAGGGCCAGCCUACCAGCAAAACUGGCGGACCUACUACCAGAUGAACUAUCUCUUGUUUCGGCUUCACCAUGUGAAGACGAACCGUCCGCGAUACAGCCACCAAUCCUCACUUCGUCGUCCGUACUAGCUUCACAAACACCGACUUCGCAGCCCGCAUCCAAAGCUGCCUCCCCCAAACAACAAGGGAAAUGCAUGAAAUGUAAAUACGAGGAAUGUAAAUACGAAACUGACCAGCCUAAAUAUAUGAAGAAACACAUGAAGACGCAUGGACCUAGACCCCGGAUACACUGUCCCAUGGAAAACUGCACAAGUACGUUCUCUCGGAUAGACAAUCGAAUACCCCAUCUCAAAGCAUGCCGCCACAAACGGCCUUGUAGUACCUCUGAUAUCGAUGAUGCUAUGCGGCAGCUGAAGAAGUCAAAUUCGCGCACGAAGGGAUGAGAAAGGGUAUAAUCGUGCAGGCGGUGCUUGUCUGUUCGUUUCGGUAUCAGCCCUCUAUUUGUUUAUGUUAUUUUGAACACUUGUCUGCAUUUCAUAAGCGAAUCUUUGGGACAUAUUUUUA